AUGAAUAACUCGAUACUCCAAAGAUUACGCAGUAGACCUAAACGUCCUUUUUGGAAACUUCCACAACAUCGCCUACCAGUUUUAUCCCUCUAUAAAACACUACUUAAAAUCUCCAAGAAGUUUCCCGAAGACAUUCAUAGGAAAUAUCUUUUCUAUUCGAUACGUGAUAAAUUUAGAGUUAGACGACACGAAACUUCAGUAACAAACACUAUCGAAUUCUUAAAAGAGGCUAAAGAGUGCCGUAACACGUUACUAAAAGCACUUAAUGGCGAUGUAGAAGCGUUUCAACAUAUAGACGACUUGACAUGGGGCAGAAAGGGAAGUCUCAAAGAAAUUCUGACCUGGGUAAUUUUAUUUCAUUUUGACAUAGAUAAUUAUUUCAAAGAAGCUCAUGCAUGUAUAAAAAUUAAGCUUCGAACAAAAAAAUGGAAGAAGAGGGCGAAGUCAAAGCGAGGCAUCCUUCGGGUGAUUUCUGAUACGCGGACUAAGGCUUCUCGUAUGAAAGAUUCUCAUCGAGCAUAUAAAAUUCCACUUGAUCGAAGGUUGUAUUCACCACCCAGGGUACAAUUAAUAAUAAAAAGUCGAAUGCCUAAAAAGAAAAAACAUUUCUGGCGCACAGGACUUGUUAGACAUAGAAUAAUCACUCAGUUAGGUUACAGGCUUCAACGGAUCAGAGGAUGGAGACAACCAACUUGGAUCUCAAUGAUGAUGAAUAAACGCAUAAAUCAACAUAAUAAGAGGCUCGAAAGAUAUAACUUGUUGGAAUCUUAUCUUGAGAUGGUCAGGGCAGAGGUGCUCAUGAUGAGACAGUUGGAUCCAAAGUUAGCCACGGAUGUGGAAGGUUUUGAAAAAUUAAUCAUACAAGAAAUGACCGAAAGUAAGAAGUAUCAUGAAAGAAUGUUAAAAUUAAAAGCAAAAUCUCAAUUAGAUGACUCCUAA